GGAGGCGUCUGGUUUUCUGGUUGUAAUGGUCGUCCCUUCUGGCCGAAGGGGCGGCGUCCGAUAAAACCACCACGCCUCCUCCCGCAUCGAAAGUGUGCACAUGCUCACUACCCCUGAGUUCUCCCUCUCAGCGAGCUCGAACUUCUUCACUUGUGUCGGGGAAGAAAACGAGAUAUGGCAGCUGGGAUCCGUUCGAUGGGGUUUUUGGUCAAGCAGAUCGUGCUGUUACUUCAGCAGCUAAUGGAUGGCUACAGGUUCAGUCCAACCGAGGAGGAACUGAUCGAUUACUUGAAGUUGGAAGAACCCGGAUGCAGAGAAGGUUUCUGCAUCAUCCCGACAAUAGCAAACAUCUACGAGAUUAAUCCGUCGGAUUUACAGGCCAAGUUCAGCAAGGAAUCGAUCAUUCCAUCCAAUGAUCGAGAAUGGUGGUUCAUAUGUCCACAGAUGCAGAACCAACGGAUUAGCAGGAAAACACCAUGUGGUUCUUCUUGGAAGAUCACCGGUGCUCGUAAAGAUGUCGUAAUUGACGGCAAAAAGAUAGGUUCCAAGACAACAUUAGUCUUCCCUGAUGGUCGGGGCUCUAAGGGUGGCAAGAGCGACUGGGUCAUUCAUGAAUACCGUCUACCCACCGAGGAUUUGAAUAGAAAUUAUGUUCUGUGUCACUUAAUGGAUAAACAAUUUGGAAAGGCUGAUAACUCAACUACAACAUCAGAGCAUGGAGUUAUUGACCUGGCGGAAUUGGAAUCGGUUCUUAAUCAACCUGAUGAUGAUGUCUCAUUUCCUGAGAAAUUGGUCCAAGCAAGGAUGAACGCACUGAUGGAGCCCCGGCAGCACCAGAACCAAAUUCAAUUUUCCUUGCCUGACGUCCUGCAUCUGUUUAAGUGGGGGCUGCGAUCACAAAGUAAUAGAUUUCCCUCCAACAUACAUCAGUGUCUUUUUUCUGAGGUUCAGAAAGGUGAAGAGCCAAGGUUGGAAAAGGAUCAGCAGGAAACUGCAGCCAGAAAUAUCGAACCAAGCAUAUCUUUGGAUGAAACAGCAGCCAGAGAAAAGCAUUUGAUCCAGGCAAAGAUGAAGUCACCGGUGGAGCCCUCUCAGCACCAGAACCAAUUUCAAUUUUCUUUGCCUGACCUACCGCAGCUGCGAUCACAAAAUAAUAGCGUCCCCUCCACCAUACAUCAGUUUGCCAAUAUUGGGAGUCCGUCUGUUGACGACUUCUCAUCGGACAACGCAUUGGAAUCUUUUCUGAAAGGUGCAGAGGCAAGGUUAGAAAAGGUUCAGCAGGAAACUGCAGCCAGAAAUAUCGAACCAUGCAUGUCUUUGGAUGAAACAGCAGCCAGAGCAAAGAAUGGCCAAAUAUCUAUAACGGAGAAUCGCCAAAGUAAAAUCGAACCAUUCGAUGGUGUUUUUCCUCUGGAGGAAACAGGAGGCGUCGCACAGAGUACAUUCAACAGCUCACAUUUUUCGGGACAAGGGUGCGAAGAGCACAAUUUAGCCGGUAAUUCACCCAAGAUGAGGAGAUUGAACAUGCCAGAGAAAAAUCAAAUUCAGUGACAGCAUUGACCUGAUCAACCACCAAGAGCGCAAAAGUUCCACAAAUCCUGCACAGCUUAUUCUUGUGAACUUGCUCGUUGGGAUUUUCCUGUUGAUCGCCAUUGUUAGAGAUAUAGAUGUAUUUAGGAGAUUUCGUGCUAUUGAUUCUGAUAGAUGACAACUGAUAUCUUAUUACUUUAUAUAGCACCUGUA